UCGAGAGGAUGUUUACGUAAUAUCCGUUGGUUCAUACCGGGGAAGUUGUUUCCUGAAGUUGACCUGGACAUCAUUUGCCUGAAACUAGUUUGCAAAGAUACAUUUUAAUUAGUUAUCAAACUCCUUGAAAACAAAUGAUUUGUGUUAAAUGGAUUUGUCAGAGAAAGCAAAAUCUCAAAACGAAGACAUUGACACAGUGGAGAGCCUGCAGUUCCAAUUAGCCGAUUGCAGAGCUCAACUGGAGCACUGGCAGGGUGUGGCGACAAUUUGUGAGCUGAGCAAACAGGAGGAGCUGGGUGAGCUACAGAGACAGUGUGACCAGGAGAUCCAGUCUCUCCAGGAGGCUCUCAGAGAGACAGCGUCACAGUAUGAGGCCAGAAUAUCUACACUGCAGUGUGAGCGUGCCCAGUGGAGGAAAAACGGUGGAAUCACAGAUAAGAGCAGUGUAAAGAAGGGUAGGGGAAAUGCAGGAACCUGCGCAUCAGAGAGCCAGACAUCAGAAUCACCCACCAAUAGCUUCCAAGAACCAGAAGCCAGAAUUCAGAGUGACAGACCAUACAGCCUUUCAGCAGAACUUGAAUCUGAAGGGACAGGGCUUCUAAUGGAAGGCUAUUUCUCCCAGCACUGCGACAGUGCCUCUCUCUCCUCCUUCUCGCUGGACACACCCGCUCUGCCCAGGCGCUCUCCCCCUCAGGACGACACUGCAUCUCUGGUCUCUACGGGAACACUCGUGCCCGAGGCAAUCUACUUACCACCCCCAGGUCACCGGCUGGUAACACACAGUGACUGGGAUGCACUGAACGCGCAGGUGGCGGAGCAACAGGGAGAGCUGAGUCAACUGAGAGAGGAGAGGGAGCAGUUGGAGAGAGAACUAGAAACUCAGACAGCUGAGACACAGAAGCAGGUUUCAGUUCUCCAGUUUCAGGUUCAGACCUCUGAAGGCCUGCUCCUGGAGUUGCAGAAAUCUUUUAGCCAAUCACAGAAUGCCGUACAGAGCCGUCUGUCAGCGUUGUCUCUCUCUCAGAGGCGGAUGUGUAUGGAGCUGUCCAGACUGAAGGGACAGGAGACAGUGGAGACAGAUGAGGGAGGAGACACCAACACAUCUUUUAGUCCAGUAUUACAGGGGGCACACUGUGAGGAACGUCUGCGCAUUGAGAUUGUAAACCUAAAAGAGCAGCUGGACACGAGGGCAGAGGAGAGUGAAGUUUUAGAAGUGCAGCUGUCCAGCCUGAAGACGGAGACGGAGCACAUCCAGUACCAGAAGGAGAGGCUGCAGGUGGAACUCCAGGCCUGCCGCACCGAGCUGCAGGGCCUCCAGGUGGUACUUUCACACCUGCAGGGAGACAGCAAAGCCCUCAGCAAUGACAAGGCGGCCAUGCACCAGCAGUGUCUGGAGCUGCGUAGUCAGGUCAUCAGCCUCCGCACACAGGUGGACACCAGCCAGACGGUGCAGAGAGACUUUGUUCAGCUCUCACAGUCACUACAGGUGAAGUUGGAGUUAAUUCGUCAGGCAGAAACUCUGGACCAAGUUAAGCAGAUAUUGGGAGAGGGUCUCUCUGAGGAUGGAGCUUCACCUACAGAUGCUAUGUGAGACUAUUAAAGUGGCACUACAGAACCAAAGCAACAUAAAAAGUAUUCCAAGGGUGACCAAUUACUAGCUCGGCCGCACGGUCAUUUUUACUAUUGGAAAUGAGUGACUACUAGUGAAUAUUUCUACUGCUGCCACUACUUGUUUUGUGACUUGGAGUAGUUAUCUUAAAACAAUGGGAACUUUUUAUGUUUUUAAAUAGGUUUAUGAACCAAACUUAUUAUUUCUUAAAAUAACUCCUUGAAGUCACCUUAAGUGUAACUAAACAUCAAACCUCUUUUUGUAGGAAAACCAGUGUUUCCCACACAUAGACUAAUUUGUGGCGGUGCACCACAGAAUCAACACCGGCCGCCAUACAUUGCGUUUCGUAAAACUUUUUUUUUAUCGCUAUUUAUGUAAAAACACGCAGCGUAUUCGUUCAGCUGCAUUUCCUUUCCCUGCUCUCCCCCCGUCUCUUUCACGCACGCGUCUUUCUCACAUACACACACAGUCACUACGUCAGCACACGUUAGCAACGAUGCAUACGCCGUUCUAGUGAGACCGACAGCUACAUCAGCGAGCCUUCAGCAUUAGUGCCGUAGCUAAAGGUCUAGGAAAGUUGAGGCUACUUUUCGCUAGGUACCGACGGACAUGUCUUAAUCGAAGGUUCCCCUUCGUUCUUUUGUUGAGAAGUUUCAAGAGCUAGCUACUUACCCGGCGUCAUGGAGCCGACCAGUUAAAUAGUUAUUUAGCACCCUGUAUGCAGCGUCGCUACCUGCAUAUGCAGACAUUUUUUGUUUGUUGUUGUUGAUUUUGUGAAUUAUUUCGACCCCCCCCCCUCGGUCUGACAUGAAACAACCCCCCCCGCCCGCCACCUAUAGCUUUCUAAUCUGUGGGAAACACUGGGAAAACCUUAAUGAUUUUAUACUCCCUCAUGGCUAAACUCACGAAUCCUGGUCUUGAUACCAACAAAUCUUUGCAAAAGUGUUAAUUCUGAUUAUUUGUUGAUAAAUUCCAGAUCUUUUUGCCCUUAGUAGUUAAAAACGUUUACGUUUGUGACGUUUGUGUGCCUUGUCGAGGUACUCUACCUAUCACAGGUAUGCAGCUAUACGUCGAAUUCCUCAGGCUUAGGUUGAAAGGUCUUUAGUAACCCUUUCAAGUAUUUGUAUGAAACAAUACACGUUAUACCACCAGAAGCACAAACAUUUUAAACAGAUUUAAUAUAUAGUGUUUCACUUCUCCUUGUAGGUCUACAAUCCAUACACUUGUCUUCUCGAUGAAUAGUUAUCAUUAUAUUACCAUACUAAUAAAGUUAUCUAUCUAUAUAAAGGUCUGCAGACAUUUAACUAUUAUUAAACAACUGAAGGAGAAGUUGUCAUUAUGUAAGUAUGCGUUAUUGGGUGCUGCUUUACCAGAAAGCCAGUAUGAAUUAUCAUCUAACAAUGUAUCCUUCCAUGACACAAUGAACCAUUGACUUAAGUGAUUUAAUAGUUACAUGUUUUGCUUCAGUUCCGUAACACUAAUUACUAAUUUCCAAUAACUCCAAUCUAUUGGUCACUAAUCCUGGGGCUUGAUGUCAUUCCUACUUUAUAUCAUUCCUUCUUCCGUACUUAUCAAAAUGUCUACAAACUAUGGAUGAUAAUUGUGAAAACCAUAUAUAGUAUCCAUGUAUAGUUGUAUUUGGUAUUUUCUUUUGUUCAUAUAUGUCAUGAUAUACAAGAAUAAACAUACGUGGGCUGUG